AUGGAUACUUCGGAAUAUCCAUUGGUGCAAUUAUCACAAACAGGUCAACAAAUAAAUGUUCCUUUGGUUCAAUCGAGAGAAAUUGAAGAUCGACUUGUAACAAGUGCACGACAAACUGAUAAAAUUGAUGCAGAUGAUUUGGUGGCAUUGGCGAAUCAAUUGAAUAAUGCAAGGUUGGUUUGUAUGAAAGUUGUUUUUUUAGUUCUAUAAAAUAUUUUGAUGAAAAAUAACUUGAAAAAAAACUAAUUGCAAUUUCUGACAGUGGAAUAAGCGCACCCCAUUUCAGUAAAAAUUUGAAAGCAAGUUUUUUAUAUACAAAGUUUUUCUCUAUUUUUGAUAACAAAAUAAAAAAAAACAAUAGUCAUUAAUAAUUUUGUUGAUAACUCGUUACUAUAUUUUAUUCACUAAUAAUGCAAAACGAGUAAAUUUACCAAAACGUCUUCAAAAAAAACCUUGAUUUUUCAGAGAUCUUGUGAAAGGUCGUGCAUGUGAUCGUCUUCGACAAAUUGCUCAACAAAUGGAACAACUACAUAUGGUUGGUUGAUUCAAAAUCCGGAAUCUUUAAAAAAUAAGUUAUUUUUAAGGCUGCCAAAUCAGUUUUAGAAGAUGCUCAAAGAGAUGAAGAAUUGCACAAUGUUGCAUGUAAUAUGCAAAAACAACCAGGACGAGUUUAUCAUUUGUAUCAAAAACAGUUUACAAUGGAAAAAUAUUUUUCAAUGUUAGCACCAAAUGAAUGGGGACAACAAGAGAAAAAAGAAGAAUAUUUGGGAAGUUUUCGAUUGGAAUUUGAUAGAAGUUGGACACCAAUUGAAGAAGUUUGUUUGAUUUAUGAUUUCGAAUUUAUAGGUUUAUUGGGGUUUUUAAUUUUAGACUGACAAAAAAGAUGAAGAAAUUGCUCGUCUUCGAAAUCUUCUUCUUCAACAUGGCUCAGGACAAUCACAACUUACUUGGGGUUCAUCUUAA